AAAUGAAAUAUUAACUCAUAGUUUUAGGAUAGAUAGCCAUAUGGAGAGUUGGAAAUGGUCAUUUUGGGAUUGAUAUUAUCCAUUUUAAUCAUAAACCCUCGUGACUUUGUUUUUUAUUUUCUCAAAAACCCGGAACCGAAAAUGUAAAUUUGGGUUCUUUAAAGUGAUUGAUAUGAUUGAUAUCAUGAUGAACAUGUUGAAUGCAAAAAGAAUGGGACAAUAGCUAGUGGGUUUAAUGGCAUCAACACUUUUAAGGUGAAAAUGGAAGCUUUAAUGGCUGCAAUUCAAAUCUUCUCAUAAUCACAGACUACCAUAACCAAAAAAGUUCAGUUCUUGAUCAAGAUGGAGCCAAAUUCGCAGGAAACAGAGAAAUUUCUAGCCAUGGCUGCCAGAAGUCUUAGAUCUCGAAUUAACACUUGCCCUUUAAACGCAAGCCAUUCAAUCACUCCGGCGAAGCCAAUUGAGAAGAAACCACCACCGCCGGAACAGAGCACCGCCAUGAAAAGGGCUGUUCUGUUUUUCAACAGCAUAUUGCUGGCUGUCGGAUCCUGCGGCGGUCCCUUAAUCACGCGAUUAUAUUUCGUUCACGGUGGAAACUGCGUGUGGCUUUCCAGCUGGCUUCAAUCCGGCGGCUGCCCAAUCAUUUUCAUCCCGUUAAUCAUUAGUUACAUCUUUCGCCGCCGUGCCGCAUCGCGUUCCGGUAACUCAACGAAGAUGAUAUUCGUGAAACUCCGGCUGUUUUUAUCCGCCGCCGCAAUCGGCUUGAUCAUCGGCUUCGACAAUUACUUGUACACUUACGGCAUCGCACGGCUACCGGUUUCCACGUCGGCUUUGAUCAUUGCGUGUCAGUUGGCGUUCACAGCGGCCUUCGCGUACCUGCUAGUGAAUCAGAGAUUCACACGGUAUUCGAUAAUGGCCAUCGUUUUGAUGACGACCGGAGCGGCGGUUUUGGCGUCGCACACGAGCGGCGACUUGCCGGCUGGAGUGUCCAAUAAACAAUACAGAGCAGGGUUCUUGACGACAUUGUCGGCGGCGUUUCUGUACGGAAUGAUCUUACCGUUAGUGGAAUUAACGUACGAAAAAUCAAAGCAGCAAAUCACGUAUACUUUGGUUCUUGAAAUUCAGCUGAUUUUAUCCGUGUUCGCCACCAUUUUAUCCACCGUCGGCAUGUUAAUCAACAACAAUUUCCAGGAAAUUGGGAGGGAGGCGGCGGAAUUCGGAUUGGGGGAGACCAAAUACUACGUUGUUUUAGUGAUGAACGCCGUAAUUUGGCAAAGUUUCUUCCUGGGGGCGGUCGGAGUUAUUUUCAGCUCGUCGUCUCUGUUUUCCGGGGUAUUAAUUGCAGUGAUGUUGCCGGCGACGGAGAUUCUUGGAGUUAUUUUUUUGAAGGAGAAGUUUCAUGCGGAAAAGGGUGUGUCUUUGGUGCUUAAUCUCUGUGGUUUUGUAUGUUAUUUGGUUGGUGAAAUUAAGAACGACCAAACUAAGACGCUAGAGCUUCAAACAACUGCUUAGUUAACGAGUCAAUUCACAAACGUUUAAACGUCUAAACACCCUCUUCUUUAAUGUAAUCACUCACGAGAUUAUAAAUAAUAUGGUGCAAGGCAAGUUUGAUGGUCUGGACUAAAGUGGGAACAAAACAGGUAUAGAAUGUAUUCUUUCCGAGAAGAAUUUGAUUUUAGGAAUUUUUUGUCAUUUCUAAUGAAAAUUCUAAGAA